UGGAUCUGGAUCGACAGCUGUUGCAUUGACAACAGCGACUUCCUAGAGCCUGCGGAAGCCAUCAACUCCGUGUACCGGUGGUACGAGUGCAUUGUGUGCUUGGGUGAUCUAGACAAAUUUGGGCCUUGCCGAUGGUUCCAGAGAGGGUGGACUUUGCAAGAGCUGAUCGCACCGUCAAGAGUCUUAUUCUACCGCAAUUCCCCCGCAGGAAGGAAGCUAUAUGACCCCCACUGGAAGUCUUCAUUUCUUCGGCAACACGUACCUGUUGAAAUCAAACGCCACUUGCACCGUAUUCCAGGAUGCCAGAAAAUGACCUGGGCCGCAAACAGGAAAACUCCCAAGGUCGAAGAUAGGGUAUACAGUUUGAUCGGCAUAUUUUGACAUCCAUAUGUCCUUGAAGAUUGGAGAAGGGUCACCGCCAUCCAUCCGACUUCAAGAAGAGAUCGUCAAACAAGAUAGGGAUCCAACCCUUUUCGCCUGGGUAGCC